AAAGACUGCUCGUUACGUCAUCGGUCGCUGGCUGCAGCUGCGGUGUCAACAUGGCCACUGCAGGUGUGGGGGCUGACGGGGAGACCGAGGCCUCUGGUGACCGGGUCUUUGACAACGAAGAUCAUGCUAACCAGGACAAGAUGGAAAAUCCAGGCAUAACCACCGAAAAUCCUUUCCACUCCUUAUUGGAGCCUCUUGACGGCACUUCUGACAAGAAGUUCUUCAAUGUGUCAAAGUUUGAGCCUGCUUUGUAUGACACCUUGCCUUACUGUAUUCGUGUAGUCUUGGAGGCCGUGGUGCGAAACUGUGAUGGGGUUUUGAUAAAACAGCAGGAUGCCCUGAAUGUUUUAAAAUGGAAAACAAACCGUGAAUGCACAGAAGUUCCCUUCUUGCCAGGCCGUGUCCUACUGCAAGAUUUUACGGGAAUUCCUGCAAUGGUUGAUUUUGCUGCAAUGAGAGACGCAGUGAGGAAAUUGGGUAAAGAUCCUAAAGAAGUGAAUCCAGUCUGCCCCACCGACCUCAUAGCAGACCAUUCUCUCCAACUGGAUAUCAGUAAAUGCAUUGCUGCGCAAGUGGCCCCUAAUGCAUCACCUAUUGCAGAGGCAAGUAGACCAGCAACCAAGCUUUCUCCUGCAAAAGUACAUGGACGCAAACCAAACUGCAGAAACCAGAGUGGGUGCAAGGGUGCUUGUGAUUCUGGGCCAUCAAUUGGCAGUUCCAGGGAACAGAUUGAAAACACACCAAUGCUGUGCCCUUUCCACUUGCAACCGAUUCCAGAGCCAGAAGCUGCUUUGAAAAAUCUUGAGAUAGAGUUCAGCCGAAAUAAAGAGAGGCUUCAGUUUUUUAAGUGGUGCUCAAAAGCUUUUCAUAAUGUGACUGUGAUCCCUCCAGAAACUGGCACUGUUCAUCAGAUUAACCUGGAAUUCUUGUCCCGUGUUGUGAUGGAGAAGGAGGGUCUAAUUUAUCCUGAUAGUGUACUGGGUACUGACUCCCAUACUACUAUGGUGAAUGGCCUUGGAAUCUUGGGCUGGGGCGUGGGAGGAAUAGAGUCUGAAGCAGCCAUGCUGGGAGUGCCCCUUACACUGACCUUGCCAGAGGUGAUUGGAUGUGAACUGACUGGUACUGUCAGUCCCCUUGCUACAUCAAUCGAUGUUGUUUUAAGUAUAACAAAGCACUUAAGACAGGCUGGGCUAGCCGGUAAAUUUGUGGAGUUUUUUGGUGAAGGCGUAUCCCAGCUGUCAGUUGCUGACCGCAACACAAUAGCCAACAUGUGUCCAGAAUAUGAAGCAACUGUGGCCUUCUUCCCAGUGGAUAGAGUAACUCUUUCUCAUCUAAAACAGACAGGUUAUGAUUCUCACAAGCUGCAGACAUUUGAGGCUUAUUUAAAAGCAGUGAAGUUACUGAGACCAGAAGAAAAUGUGACGACCCCAGACUAUUCCAAGGUGUUAAAAAUUAACCUAAACUCUAUUAUCCCAUACGUCAGUGGCCCCAAGAGACCACAGGACAGAGUAUCUGUGACCGACAUGAAGAAGGAUUUUGAAAACUGCUUGAAUGAAAAGGUUGGAUUAAAAGGAUUCCAGAUACCAGCAGAAAAACAAAAUAUUAUGGUUCCUGUAACAUUUCAAAACUCUGAGUACCAACUAUCACAUGGCUGUGUCCUCAUUGCUGCUGUGAUCAGCUGCACCAACAAUUGUAAUCCCUCCGUCAUGCUCACUGCAGGUUUGUUGGCCAAAAAGGCUGUUGAAGCUGGACUUGUAGUGAAACCAUACAUAAAGACAAGCCUUUCUCCUGGGAGUGGGACUGUCACACAUUAUCUAAAUGCAAGUGGAGUGCUGCCUUAUCUCAACCAACUGGGGUUUGAUAUUAUUGGAUACGGCUGCUCACGGUGUGUGGGAAACGCUAAUCCUUUGCCAGAAGAAAUUGUAACUGCUAUUAAAGAGGGGGAUUUGGUGGCAUGUGGGAUUUACUCUGGAAGCAAACAUUUUGAAGGCCAUAGAUGUAGCUGUGUCCGUGCCAACUACUUGGCCUCCCCACCCCUGGUUGUGGCUUAUGCUUUGGCUGGCACUGUGAACAUUGAUCUGCAAACGGAGCCUUUAGGUGUAAAUGCUCAAGGCAAUGAAGUAUUUCUGCAAGACAUUUGGCCAAGUCGAGAAGAGGUUCUGCAGGUCGAAGAGAACCUUGUAAUACCGUCCAUGUUCAAAGAAUUGAAAGCGAAAAUAGAGAAGCAAAACACACGAUGGAACUUAUUGGAUUCUCCAGAAAGCACAUUAUUUCCAUGGGAUCACAGGUCUACUUAUAUCAGAAGUCCUCCUUUCUUCCACAGAUUUGAGACAAUCCCUCUGCCUCAACAGCCCAUUGAAAGAGCCCAUGUGUUGCUGUAUUUAGGGGAUUCUGUGACCACUGACCACAUAUCGCCAGCAGGAAGCAUCUCUCGCACCAGUCCAGCAGCCAAAUACCUGACACAAAAGAACUUGGUACCCCGCGAGUUUAACUCGUAUGGAGCACGUAGAGGUAAUGAUGCGGUUAUGACUCGUGGAACUUUUGCAAACAUGAAACUUUUUAAUAAGCUUAUUGGCAAAAUGGGUCCAAAAACCAUCCACUUCCCCUCUGGGCAAACGAUGGAUGUAUUUGGUGCUGCCGAACUAUACCAAAGAGCAGACAUCCCACUAAUAAUUAUAGCUGGCAAAAAGUAUGGCUCUGGUAGUUCGAGAGAUUGGGCUGCUAAAGGACCAUUCUUACUGGGUGUGAGAGCAGUGAUUGCUGAAAGUUACGAGAAAAUCCACAAAGACCACCUGGUUGGAAUGGGUAUUGCUCCUCUGCAAUUUCUGCCUGGGGAAAAUGCCGAAUCUUUGAACCUGUCUGGGAAAGAGCAGUAUUCUCUGUCAAUCCCAGUGGAUCUGACUCCCAAAGAUACAUUGGAGGUUAAGACCAACAAUGGGAAGGGUUUCCAUGUGACUGCAGCCUUUGAUAAUGAAAUACAGAUCACAUUCUAUAGACAUGGAGGAAUAUUAAACUAUGUGUCACGGCAAUAUUUAUAGUUCGCAACCAAGAAUAAUGGACUGUACAUCGGUGAAUAAGCCUACUGCGCCCCUGUCCUUGCCUCCAUGCACACACCCAGGACUUUGGGAAAGGAGUCGGUGAACUCUUCCAGCACUUUCAGUAAGGCUGGUGCUAAGGGCAUGCCUUCUGUAAACCUGCCACAGCGAGGGACAAUUCGUCCCAGUAUAUGUACUUUUAAAUAAAUUUGCAUCUGGAUGAUUUGAAUGAACACAGACACCUGAGCACGUCUCCCACGCUGAGUCCGGAAGUGGCUGUAUCAUGGAUUUCCGGUGACUGAUUUAUAAAGGGAGUGACAUUUUAGUUAGUCAGAAACUCUCUUCCAGAAAGCCUUCCUUCCAUUUAGUAAUUGUUCUGGCUUCCUACCUGCUGUGGAAUAAAAGACUUUGAUUGUGCUUACCUGGAAUUCAGCGUUCCAGAUGUUGCAUAAGAAAAUAAGGAGAAAAUAAAGAUUCUAAAACCUUCAA